ACCCAGGAUGAGUUGGGGGUGUGGUUUCGAUGGUGUCAUGGCUUCCCCCGUCCACGAAGCUACAUCUCUAUUGAGCCGAGCGUGAAUUAAAUGUCUUUUAAUUUCGUAAAAUAAACACCAACAUUUGAAGGACUACACAUUCAAUACCUUAAUCAUGGGCACCGUCCACGCAAGGAGUCUUGACCCUCUGCCAAUGCAAGGACCUGAGUUGGGGGUUCAUGCGGAUGACAUCGAGACCCCAGAAAUGGAGCAGGAAUCAAAACAAGAGGUUCUUGAAAACAAAGAUGUCAUAGUCCAGCAUGUUCACAUAGAUGGUCUGGGAAGAACCAAGGAGGAUUGCUUAACAUACGAGAUUGCUGGUGUCUUCAGAGCAAAGAACUUGAUUGACGUCAUGAAGAGAGCCCACGAAGCCAGACAGAAGCUCCUCCGUCUUGGUAUCUUCAGACAGGUGGAGGUUGUCAUUGAUACCUCACAAGGGGUGGAUGCGCUGCCUAACGGACUAGAUGUGACGUUUGAAGUGACUGAGCUGAGACGCAUGACUGGUAGCUAUAACACCAUGGUUGGAAAUAACGAAGGCAGCAUGGUUCUUGGUCUGAAGCUGCCCAAUGUUUUUGGUCGUGCGGAAAAGCUAACAUUCCAGUUCUCCUAUGGCACCAAAGAGACUUCCUAUGGGCUGUCUUUCUUCAAGCCUCAACCUGGUCACUUUGAGCGCAAUUUCGCUGUUAACUUUUACAAAGUCACAGGCCAGUUUCCAUGGAGCUCGCUGAGAGAGACUGAUCGUGGCGUCUCCACAGAAUUCAGUUUCCCUCUUUGGAAGACAAACCACACCCUGAAGUGGGAGGGUGUGUGGCGAGAGCUGGGAUGUCUGGCACGUACCGCCUCGUUCGCAGUCCGGGAGGAGAGCGGCCACUCCCUCAAGUCAUCACUCUCGCAUGCCAUGGUCAUCGACACCAGAAACUCCACAAUCCUUCCCAGGAGGGGAGCCUUGCUGAAAAUCAACCAGGAGUUGGCUGGCUACACUGGAGGAGAUGCCAGUUUUCUGAAAGAGGACUUUGAGCUCCAAUUUAACAAACGUCUUUUCUGGGACUCGGUCCUGUCUGCAUCUCUCUGGGGCGGAUGCCUUCUGCCCAUUGGAGAUAAGCCAACUUGCAUUGCUGACAGGUUCUAUCUCGGUGGUCCUACUAGCGUCAGAGGAUUCAGUAUGUACAGCAUCGGCCCACAGAGUGAAGGUGACUACCUGGGAGGUGAGGUGUAUUGGGCUGGAGCCGUCCACCUGUAUACUCCACUGCCCUUCCGUCCAGGCAAAGGGGGAUUCGGAGACCUCUUCAGGACCCACUUCUUCCUCAAUGCUGGGAACCUGUGUAACCUCAACUAUGGUGACGGGCCUCGAGCACACCUGAGUAAGCUGGCAGAGUGUAUCCGCUGGUCCUAUGGAGCGGGAAUCGUGCUGAGACUCGGAAACAUCGCUCGGCUGGAGCUCAACUACUGCAUUCCCAUGGGCGUCCAGAGUGGAGACAGGAUAUGCGACGGGGUCCAGUUUGGAGCUGGAAUCCGAUUUCUGUGAUGUCGUCCUGUUGUCUUGCUGCAUUGAAUUGUGGAACACAGGACUUUGUUUCGUUGGUUUUAGGAAGUGGGAGGUGAUCUAUAGGGGUCACUUCCAACACAGCGAAGGUUGCUGGGAAUGAAAUGUCUACAACCAAACUAUUGUAAGUAAAAUGGACAGGGCAUCAAUGGGGAAUUUCCUCCAGUACUAAUGAAGGAUGAGUCUCCAGUGCUCAAGAUGUUAAAACUAGAGGCCUUCACGGGUUCAAAAAGUUGUACCUGUUCCGAAAUGGACCUGGGGCUUUCCCGUCCGGACCCAAUAUGCCUACAUUUAUUUGUUAAAUAUAGAGACCCGUUCCGAAUGGACACGAGGACAACUAGACCCAUUCUGCGUAGACCUGGUUGGAUCCAGUCCGGAUACGAGUGAGGGAAUUCACAUUAAAGUCAAUUUUUAAGCGACCGGCGGUGAUAAAGCGAGGGAGAGGUAGAGCUCUAGCAGGACGUGUCAGCUAGUGACACAGGGAGCAGGGAAGGGGGAGGGAGAGGUAGAGCUCUAGCAGGACGUGACAGCUAGUGACACGGGGAGCAGGGAAGAGGGAGGGAGAGGUAGAGCUCUAGCAGGACGUGACACAGGGAGCAGGGGAGUGGGAGGGAGAGACGAGAAACGGCAACCGACUAAGCCGACUCGCGCUAUGUUAGAGUGAAUAGCAGCCUAGCUAGCUGUGUUAAUCUCGUCCUACACAGUUAGAAACAACUUCAUUCAGAAUAUUAAGUAGCAGCCUACCUGUUGGCUCUUGGUUUUUGUAGCCUAUCCCUCUCCUUUAACUUCCGUCAUUUUAAAUUAAAUAUUCCAUUGAUAUUUCCUAACUUUUGCCACACAUGGAGGCUCUAUGACUAUAGCCCAGCGUUUUCCAAACUCAGUUCCGGGGACCCUAAGCGGUGCAUGUUUUGUUUGUUUGCCUUAGCACUACACAGCUGAUUCAAAUAAUCAACGUUUUUAAUGAUCAGUUGAUUAUUUGAAUCAGCUGUGUGUAGUGCUAAGUCAAACAAACAAAACGUGUACUGCUUAGGGUCCCCGGGACUGAGUUUGGAAAACACUGUUCUAGCCUAUUGCUGCUUUGAUGACUUAUGAUUGGCCAACAACAAGCGAGACAUGCCACUCUUGUGAAACGAGGAGCAGCUUAAAUGAUAUGAUUUCUCUCUCUCUGUACUACAGCAGAUCUGUAUGGGUACUUCCGGACAUUUGGUAUUUUGGUAUUUUAUUAGGAUCCCCAUUAGCUGUUGCAAAAGCAGCAGUUACUCUUCCUGGGGUCCACAAAAAAACAUGAAACAUUAUACAGAACAUUAAUAGACGAGAACAGCUCAAGGACAGAACUACAUACAUUUUUAUUUUUUUUAAGGCACACGUAGCCUACAUAUCAAUGCAUACACACAAACUAUCUAGGUCAAAUAGGGGAGAGGCGUGCCGGGUUGCUUUAUCUGUUUUUUGAAACCAGGUUUGCGUGUUUAUUUGGUCGUUAAAAUUAUACACCCGUGACAAUCAUAUCAGAUCCGACCCAGACCUGUGACAUUAUUUAGAAUUGUGGAUCCGAACCCUCUCGGGUAUUCGGUUACAGGUGGAUCUGUGAAGACCUCUAGUGGAAACCUAAGAACGGCAGACAUCAGCCAUGAGUCAAAUAUGUCAAUGUGGUCUAAAUUAUUAUGCUGAUUUAAUACAUGUUAUCAUCUACAGUUAUUAAAGUUACACUGAGUCUCUAUAGCAUCCACUUGCCUUCCGGUUGAUUUUUGGUUUGUGUAUUGAAACAACAUGGAUUAAACCAUUUUCAGUGGUGUAAAGUAAAUACGUAAAAAUACUUUUGAAGUACUACUUAAGUCGUUUUUGUAUCUGUAAUUUACUAUUGAGAUUGGACAACUUUUAGUUUUACUCUACUACAGUCCUAAAGAAAAUAUUUACUCUUUACUCCCAUACCCUUUCCCUGACACUCAGACUUACUCGUAACGUUCCCGAAUGCUUAGCAGGACAGGAAAAUGGUCAAAUUCAUGCACUUAUCAAGAGAAUGCGGGUCCUCGCUACUGCUUCUGAUAUGGUGGACUCACUAAACACAAGUGCUUCGUUUGAAAAUGAUGUCUGAGUGUUGGAGUGCCCCUGGCUAUCCUUACAUUGUUUAUAUAUAAAUAAAUAAUUUGGUUUGCUUCAUAUGA